AUGACCGUAGACAAACCUAUAGUUGACAGUUAUAUAAUUGGCGCAAAGCAUAGUGUUUUGCGCCUAUUCGACCAAGAAUUUCUUCGUAACUUCGACGUCGUCUCGGGGCAAGGACAGAGCGCUGAAAAAUGCUUCAAAUGGAUCGAAUCACACUUUAAGCAAGCCGUGCAUGCAGCUUAUGCUCGAAUCAUUAAUGCACAACACAUUCAAAUGGCAAGCUUGAUUGGUGCAAAGUUUCUGGAAAUCGAAGACGCAUCUGAAAGGAUCACUCUGGUGUACGACUACACUUCAUUGACAAAUGCUACUGUAGCUAAAGAACUUGCGAAGAAGAAUGAGCCAAUUAUGAACGCGUUUAAUGCCGCAUACGAUGGUAAACACAAUCUCUUUAUACUCGGAACAACCAUGUUGCAGUUCCCUGCGUUCUCACAUACUCUUCCCAGAUUCUACAACUACGGAUACAUUGGUGGUAUCAUAGCUCACGAGAUGAUGCACGCAUAUGAUAUAAAAUUUAUCCGCUACAAUGAAAAUGGUGAUCGACUACCCUCCUGGCUGCCUGCCAACUUUACCAAAUCUCAUCUUUCAAAAAUGAAUUUGAUGCAAAAAAUGUAUGAGAGGCCUUUGAAUAGAUUAGGUUACGAUGCACAGGAAUACACAAAACAAGAGAAUUUCGCGGAUAUUCACGGAAUAAGAUUGGCUUACAGGGCAAGCUUUGUUAUUCGUUUUACACACAGGUUUCGGCUUUAUGCAAUACCUUCACUUAAUUUACGCCGACUGAACUCGUGA